GAAAAACGGAUUACAAUUUGUAAAAUCAAUCUUUCUUUCUUUAGCUGUAUAUUAUACCACUCGUAGAGUCUGGCGUUUAUUUUACAACUACAGUGGUAAUACAUAUUACUAUUUAUUAUCAGGGUGGAGAAGCAGACUGCUUCAUUGUGUUUGUUGCAGAAUACCGGCUGGCUCGAACCCGAUCCCACUAAACGACUCUGGAACGAAAACUCAUACUAAUUACAACCAGACAGUUUUCCAUCGACUCGUGGCUCAUCCUUACCCUCUCCUCUCACCGGGAUAAGUCGAGCGUCGGUCCCAGCAGGCCCCUCAGGCCCUAUCAGCGAUCAGAAAUCCUCAGUCGCGUAUCAGACAUCGCAGGGACCAGGCAAGAACGGAAUUCGGGCCUCGCAAAAUGAUCGGUCUCCUGAUUACGUUAAUUUCCGCAACGGUGAUACCAAUUCUGGGAGCACCUGCGACCUACGACCAACGUCAGGACGGGAAAUUAAAUCUGAACGCAAAACUGGAGAACUUCCUCAUAGUCGUGGCGACUCCUUCCGGUGAAAACGGAAAUUUCGACCUGCUGAACGACCUGGCAGGUCAAGUGUUCGAGCUGAAGAGUCUCAACUCGAAGGAAGAUUCUCUCAAAGUGGAGCUGAAGUCUGCGGACGUUCCUCUAGAAAGGAGCAAGGACCCUUCCGGGACCGACGUCGUUAAGAUUGAAAAAGAUGCUGGGGACAAAAACUUACCUCAGGAGGAGAUUAAGGAAGAAUCUGGUCCAAAGGUGGUCGGAAUGUCGGAUGCUGAAGUGAAGAAAACUCGGGCGCUGAAUGCUGCAAUUGGCACUUUGGAUAUCCAGUCUGCCGUAAAAUCGGAUGUCCAGGAUGACGCCAGCAAAGAUCAGCCCCAAAACCUCGCCAAGGAGUCAGAAGGUGAAAUUGAAGAUCAAACCAAAGAUCUCCAAUCAUCCGAUCUGAAAGAGACUGCAAAAGAAGGGCUCAAAAAGCAGGAAGAGACAUCUUUGAGUAAUCUUCAAGAUGACGCUUCGCCAAAAAUUCGGAAGAUCAGAAGAGUCUGGAGCGAGAUCGACGAGAUCGUCGACCCCAGGGGCAAGGUAUCCUUGAAGAAGGUAUUCGCCAGGAUGAAGGACCAGGAUUUGUCCGGAUACUUGUCCAGGUCCAGGGAAAGGAACGAGGUCGACCUGGCUGUUCAUAAACCUCAUGAACUGAAACUUCUCGGAGGCUCCAUCGAGAAUUGUGGUCCUGGAAGGUUCAGAGACAGAUUGGGGGUCUGCCGGAAGUCCCUCGAUUGACUCUAAAAUAAAAGUACCUUAAAUUAAUACAG